CCUUUCAAAUCCUAAUCUCUUUCAAUCACUCACCAGCAAUAUCAUCAACCCGACUCUUGUGGUCGGACUUUCGUUACUUUCUUCAUCUAUCCUUAACCCAUCAUCGCUAUCGCAAAAAUGCCCGUGCAUCUCGAAUGGGACUGCAACGCUUUCGAAGGGUUUAAAAUUCACGUCGUUGUCAGGUCGAACUAUCCAUACCACGAUGACAUCACAUCGCAAUUCUUUCGGGUAAAGAUGGCGUCCCUUCUCCAUAUGACACUGCCAGCAAGCACCGUACCCGGCCCCGAAAUUCCAGACCCGCAACACCCACGUCGCAAUCCCAAAGUGAACGGGUCCAAUUAUAACAUCAAGUACGCGAUCUUCGUAGCCGCAGAUCAAGAUCGGGAUCAUCGAAGCGCUACCGUCCAGGUAUUGAUGCUGGUAACUGAGGGCACCGGCCGCCACACUAUCCUAGAGAAGCUGAAUGGCGAGACCAUCCAUGAGGAGCCAUUAAGAGUUGGGCAUUGUGGCAACAUAAGAACGGUGGUGGAGAGACUCUUGCACCAUGAUUAUUGCUUUCCCUGUGACAGCAUCGCCUACCUCGAAAAGGGAGAGUGGCAUGCGUGCUCGCAUGCAGAGCAGAGGUGGGAAUAUACUCAAGCAAAACUCCAUGAUCAACGGCAGUUGGUUGAUAGUCAGGAGCGUUCCCCGACCAAUUGGGAUGCUACUACUUUACUACGACUUUCCAAGAAGAGGAUGGAUCUCCAAUACAUAGAAAAUUUCUUAGGGGAGGCCAAAUCGGUUCUGAUUCCGACUGCAGGAGAGGAUCUCCUCGUCUCCGAGCCGGAGGAUGUGAUGACCCAGGGAGCCACUGAGGACGCCGCUGAGGUGGCCACCGAGGAAGCCUCUGAGGCUAGCAUCGCUACGAUUCAUCCGAAUUCACCGAUGGCUCAACCUGCACAGCACGCCACUAGAGUUGCUGGCACUCAAGCUGGUGGUGAGGCCAGCAGUCCGACACCUCGUGUCCCUACUCCCACCAGCGACAACAUGGCGGACGGCCUUCCAAGCGGCAAUGGCAAGGAGACUAUCCCAACGCCAAAGAAGAAAGGCAAGAAGCGGAACAAGAGGAAGAAGGGGAAAGCACAGGGCAAAGCCAACGCAGACGACGCGCCUGGCGUCAACACCCAAUCUGUGGAACCGGUUGAGGAGCAAACGAGCGGAUCUCCCAAGAGUGAAGACUCGCCUGUUGAUACCCAAACCGCGGGACCGUCGAAAUAGGAAUCUCGACUAACCACCGUCGAUGAGGAUUGGGCGGGCAAGUAUGGACCACUUAUUCAGAACGAGGAAGAUGC